AUGGCCAACUUCCUUGAAGCCGAAGCCGCGCAGAAGUACAAGAACGCCGAGAACGCUACUCGCCCUUACGCCAAAACCAUCAUCGAGCGAUCAGGCAUAGCUGCACAUCUCAACUCAGGAGCUGAAGCAAAUGUUCUCGACUUUGCGUGUGGAACUGGAGUUAUGGUGCAGGAACUCUAUGACACGAUACCAAAGAAAAAUUGGGGGCAGCUGAAGGUACUAGGCACUGAUAUCAGUCCGCCGAUGUUGAAGUUCUUAAAAGCGCGAGGAGAGAAGCAAGGGUGGAUGGGUUUGGAGACAAAGGUUGUGGAUGGAAACGUUGAUUUCACCCAAGCUCUCCCCAAGUCCUCAUUUACGCACAUCUUCACUACAUUCGCCCUUAACAUGCUCCCAGAACAGACACUCUCGCACCUGUAUUCUCUCCUGCGACCAGGUGGAUUCAUAGCAGUAGCAACAUGGUCUGCCAUGCCCUGGCAUAGUCUCCUCACUCGCAGUAUCGCGCUCCUGAACACGCCACAGCCGUACUCACCUUCGCACAAGGAGCUCCAAGAGACAUUCUGCGGACCCUGGGCUGCCGGAUCGUAUGUGGUACAGCAACUUAAAGCUGUGGGAUUACAGCAAGUAGACACAUCCACGCAGACGGAAGGCGUACGCGCUGGGGCGCCCAAGGAUUUCAUGGGAAGUAUGCAGUUUCCGCUACAGUUUGUGGUAAAGACUUGGUGGGAGGAAGAGCGAGAUGGCAUUCUGGAAGAGCUGAGUGAUGCUAUGAAGGGGAUCGUAGAAGAGGAGACUGGGGAGGAUGGUGAGAUGGAAAUGGAGUUCGAUGGGGUUGUUGGGUGGGGAUGGAAAAGUGGUUGA